UUUUCUGCUGUUUAGGUUUUCAGGUGUUCAGACAGAACGGCCCAAUUUUGUGACUUCAGUUCCUACAGUUUCACUGUAGUUUUACAGAUUUAAAAUAUUUUUGUGUAGCUUUGAGUUUUAGUUCUUAAAUAAUAUUAUAAUUUCGAGCAGUUGAAUUUUUUUAAAGUUAUUAAUGAGUGGCACUGAACUUAUAUUUGCUAGAAAUUUAAUUUAAAGUGUGUGAUAAAAUGGUUAAAAUUCCGCAAGAGUUUUGGAUUGGGCAGAGAGUAGUUUGCAGUGGUCAUAUUGGCACUGUCAAGUACGUUGGGCCACUCCCCUCCACUGAAGGCUCGUGGCUUGGAAUUGAUUGGGACUCUCCUUUGCGUGGCAAACACAAUGGAGUCUACCAAGGUGUUCAGUAUUUUGUCACCAAAGAGCCGACAUCUGGCUCGUUUGUGAGAGAAGAAAAGGUGAGCUGUGGUGUGGAUGUGGCCAGCGCCAUUGCACUGCGGUAUGGCACCAACGAACAGGACAGCGAGAAAGUCGAUGAACGCCUCCGUCAAGUCAAGAAAGCACUCAAUGCGCCUUUCAUCAUGAUGGUCGGAUUCGAGCAAGUCAAUAAGAAAAUGAGUUCAUUCACGUCGUUGGAGGUGGUUUCGCUGAAAAACUGCAAUGUCAGCAGUGCUGGAGCGCCUCGCCAACUGGAGAGCAUGUGUCCGAAUAUAAGAGAACUCGAUUUGUCUUGCAAUCUUUUAUCCAAAUGGCAGGAUGUCACAGCCAUCACUAGUCAAUUUCAUGGUCUUACCAGUUUGGAUUUGAGCGACAAUCGAUUAGCCUUACCUGAUGAAGAAGUAACUCAGGACAAAUCAAAUAUAUCGCUGACUCUGGAUGACAUCAAUCUGAAUUCAACAAAUCACUCCUGGGAAGAUGUACUCUAUUGUGCCCGGUUAUGGCCAAAUAUUCAGAACCUCCAGGUGGCCCUCAAUCGCAUAUCAACUUUGGAUACUCCUCAAUCGAAUGUACUUCACAAUUUGAGGUCAUUGGAUUUGACUGGCAACCAUAUUCAGUAUUGGUCUGAAGUUAAUAAACUAGGAUCACUGCCAUUAUUACAAACUUUAAACUUAAGCUCCAAUAAGCUCUGUGACAUAACGCUCCCUGAGAAUAAUGAUUUAUUUCACUCUUUGAAAUACCUUUUGCUUACAAAUAAUCGUAUAAAUGAAUGGUCCCAUAUAAAUGAACUCGAAAAACUUAAUUUGCAUGAAUUGAGGAUAAAAUCGAAUCCUAUAAAUGAAAAAAAUCCGGAACGUUGGUUUGAAAUGAUGGUAGCAAAGAUUGGAUCCAUGAAGCGAUUGAAUGGAGAAGAGAUUACAAGAGAAGAAAGACUUGGAGCCGAAUAUAUUUACAUCAGACUGUUUGGUCAAGAAUGGCAAACUUCAAAACAAGACCCGGAUUUAAAAGCUAAAUUCCUGACUAGUCAUCCUCGUUAUCAGAUAUUGGUAUCAAAGCACGGAGAAGCUGAGAUGAGUGAAUACAAAAAGGCCAAUUCUAAACUGGAAUCUAAACUCGUCCUUUUAGAAAUAAAAUCGUCACACAAUCCACAAGUUUUGAAAAAGAAGUUUCCUCUGACUAUGAAUGUUCAAAAAGUGUAUAACUUUGCUAAAAGAGUAUUCGAGUUUGAAACCCUCUAUUUAGUACCAACUAAGAAUCGGGAACUGAAAAUACCUCUUGAUGAGCAAUUGAGAAGUUUAGAUUUUUAUUCUUUGGAGGAAGGCGAUGUAAUAAUUGCUGAAUAAUUCUGCCGUCCGGAUAGCAAGAAACAUUAUAAUGAGUCAUUAUUAUUACAAUGGAAUCGAUAUAAUUUAUUUAUAAAUAAUAAUUAAACUUUGUCAUCCAGAGUAAUAAUAUUUGUAUGGCAUGUUUCGUGCUUGUGCCUUGAUGAUUCUUAUGAGACUUUUAUUGAGUGCAAUCUCUAGAUAUCCUAUUUUUUCUCUUAAACUAUUGCAGUACGUUCUAUAAUGCUUGUGAAACGUUUUAAUUUCUGGGUACCUAACAUAAUUCACUUGAAUCGAAACCCACCUAUUAAAACUAGAGCACAUUAAUCUCAUAUAUUCUGGAGAUUGUCUCAUGGCUGUGAUUUUUCUUCUUUCAAAACUAGUAAAAAUAGUUUUUAAGUUUCAAAAUAUAAUU